AUGUCCUCGGAAAGAACACUUUCACCUGACGAGGACGAAAGUAGUAGCGACACCGGACACAGUAGUGACCACUUGAUCGAGGACGAAACGGCUCUGGGAGAGCAGCUCGGAGCAGUAGGAACCGGCAGUAGUAGUAGCAGCAACAACGGCGUCAGCGCUGAAACAAUCAUCGGAGGUCACGUCACGGUGGAAACAUCCUCGCCCAUCGGCAGUCCGGCCCCGGCAGAACUAGAAUCAGGGAACCCCGGAAGCCCCAUGACCGAGGGCACCGGCCGGGGGACCAAAGUAGCGCCACGACAGCAGCCCCUUCCGACGGUCGCCGGAAGCGGCCUGGCCGGCCAUUCGAACCAGGGCGGCAAACCGUACGGCUCCAGCAUGGUGCUAUCGACGAUACCAUUGGACACCGUGACCAGCAGCAGCAGCCAUCAACUGAUUCUGCAGCCCCACACGGGCAGCAACAUUUUCCACCAGUCACCCCAGCAGCAGCAGCAGCAGCAACCUUCGCAAACGCUCAACAACAACAACACGAGCUUUAAAAAUCACAACAACAGCAGCAACAGCGGCGUCGGCGUCGGGAGCAAAAACAUCCUCAUCAACACCGGCAACGGCCAUCAUCAUCCGCAGCUCCUUCCUCCGCAUCAGCACACGACGUACACCAUCAAUCUCGCCAACAACACCGUGGUCAGUAGCAGCAGCAGCAGCACCAGUUGCCAUCAGCAGCAGCAGCAGCAUAGUGCCACCAUCACCACCACAACCGCCUCCGGCGCCAGUAUGGCAACCAUGUCCGGCGGCGCCACCGCCAUCCUAUCCUCCAGCAUAGUGCCAUCUCCGGCCUCCCCGGGCACCAGUGGUGGUGGCAGUGGCGGGCUAGUGGUGUUAGAAAGGAGAGCGCUCGGAGCCGGCGGCCCAACAAUGACCGGGGCGCCACCGUCGAACGGCACCGCCAUUCCACCGCCCGGUUCGAAGCUGGUCCUACUGCACACCGGCGGUGGCCGGGAGGAUUAUAUAACAGCAGCGACGGCGGAUGCGAUCGGUGGCGUCGGCAACAUUGUGCUGCUGGCGACCGAGCAGAUGGAUAUGGCGGAGCAUGACAUUAUCAACAACAAUGUCAUCAUCAGUGCGAGCGGUGUCGUCGCGAACGGUAGCAGCAGCACCACGCCGCGAACCAUCGCCACGGUCAGUUCGCACCAACUGCAUCCGACAUCGGCAAGCGGCGGCGGCGGCGGCGUUGCUGGCACCACCACCACAGGAGCCCCGGUGGCGGCGGCCGCUGCACACGGCGACGAGGAACUCACAUCACUGACCUGGCUGCAGGACGAGAAUCUGCUUAAAGGUUAGCAUUUUGUGCCCGGUAUCAAUCUCUCCAAAGUGCCAGUAUCUUCCCCGGACAGCCCGAGACAGGUCGGUGGCGUUGCAACCGGUACCGUUGGUGGUGGUGUCGCCAGCGGGCGUCUCUCCCCGACCAGCGAUUUCAUCGAAGACUCGUCGAGCAUCUCAGAGGACAACACGUCAUCGGCGAACUCGUCCUCCGAGCACGGCAAUAGCACCGGAACUUACCACUCGGAAACGACCAGCACCACAACCGUGCUGGCAACGCCGGAGCAGCAGCAGCGCACCACCUCCCAGCACACAUUUCAGCUCGGAGCGGCGGCCGGGCAGGCGAAGACUAUUACGGCCAUCAACGGAGAAACCAUCAUCGAGUAUCCGGUGAUCGCGCUGAACCAUCACCAUCCGGUUGGCGCCAGCAAUGGCCACGCACCGCAGCAGCAGCAGGUCGUUAUCGAUGGCAGCAAAACGAUGAAAAUGACGCUGGUGACAGCCACAUCGUCGGGCAUCGAUGGUGGCACAUCGACGACGGUGCCAUAUACCGUGUCUUCUUCCUCCAUGAUGGCGAGUGGCGGCAGCGGUGGUGCCAUCUCGUACGUGGUCACCUCGCCGGCCAAUUCCUCCAGCAGUGCCGUCCCGAUCGCUUCCUCAACGCCAGUCAGCAGUAGCGGCAACAGCAACGGCAACAGUAAAAGUAAUUCCAGCAGCACCAACGUUACACCGCAUCAGCACUUCCACAAGAAGUAUCUGCGCGAAGAGCUGGUCAAGCAGCAGCAACAGGAGCAGCAGCAACAACAGCAACAGCAACAGGUUUAUCAACCGAAGCACAGCAUGGGCGGAUCGAUAACGACGAUCGCGAACGGUGUUGUUGCCGGUGGCGCUGGCAGUGUCAACAACGUUUUCCUUACGCCACUGAAACAGCAGAUCAACAGUGCACUGAAAUAUGAAGACGGCUUUGAGAACGGUGAGGAUCGAUCGUACCAUCAUCUACCUCCGGCGGCGCCCAUGAAAAAUGGGAGCACCAGCUAUGGCGGUAGCAGCAGCACCAUGAGCUCACCAAAUGUGAGCGGCGAAGAGUACGGCGGAACGACGGUCACGACCGUUUACGGUGGCCUGAACCUGGUGAAACAGUCGCCGGCGGUGUCACCUUCUCACAAUGGCAGUGCCAGCAAUGGCGCGGUGGCGAUAAUGAUGAACGGUGCUGGCAACCAGCACCACCACCACCAGGUUCAGCAUCUCCAUCCCACUCAGCAUCACCAUCACCAGCAGCAGCAGCAGCAGCAUCAUCUCCAGCAUCAGCCACAGCUACAGCACGCAUCACCGUCCGUUGCCGUUCAGCUUCCGCCGUCCUCGUCGUCCUCUGCCCUGUCGAUGCCAUCGUCUCCGCAGGGCGGCGGUAGCAGCAAUUCCGCGGUCAGCCCCUCGAAGCUUCCGCCGCCGAAAGCGAAGCAUCCGACCAACGUGCCAUACGAUCCGCUGGUCCACGUCAACAACAAGCCUCCGUUCAGCUUCAGUUCGCUCAUCUUUAUGGCCAUCGAAAACUCACAACAGAAGGCGCUACCGGUGAAGGAAAUUUACGCGUGGAUCGUGCACCACUUCCCGUACUUCAAGACGGCGCCGACCGGCUGGAAGAACAGCGUACGCCACAAUCUUUCGCUCAACAAGUGUUUCCAAAAGGUGGAAAAAGCAGCGAACCUCGGCAAAGGUUCGCUGUGGAUGGUGGAGCCACAGUUCAGACCAAAUCUUAUCCAGGCCCUGUCACGCUCUCCGUUCCACGCCGGGUCCGGUAUCGAUAAGGCCACGUACAAAAGCAUGCAGCAGCAGCAGCGUUCGACCAACGCGAGCCCCACGGGCAACAACGGAGCGCAGUAUUCGAAGCAGGACAACUUUCCACAGCUCGCCAGCCGCUUAGCACCGUCGGAUGCACAAAACGGGCUGCAUGACGAUCCGGAUGAUUUGAGCCGCUCGUCGACACCGAUCGACUACGAUGGCGGUGGUAGCGACCUGUCGGCUCCCGUCGGGUCACAGCACCACACAGCCCACUACCCACAGCAUCACCACACGCAACAACCGCCACAGCAGCAGUCCGUGCAUCAUGGGCUUGGCAUCAUCCCACAGCAACAUUCUACGGUGCGCGGUGGACUGCUGGUUACGGAAUCGGCGAAUGUGUCCGGUGACAGCUAUCGUCUUUCGUCUGACGGUACGAUAUCGGAAGGCGGCAUCGUGCAGUGUGCUACGGGAUUGGUGUACGUCAACGGUUCCGGCGGUGCUUCCGGUCUGCCCAAGGAGAUUGUCGGGCGCGAGUGGAGCGCAGACACGAUAGAGGACGUUAACGCGGCCACGGCAAUGCUUGCCCUCAAGCACGGACCUAAGAUAUUCAUCGAAAGCACGUUUCGCAAUGGCAAUCCACCCGUGAUUACGACCUCACCGAGUGAGGACCACACGUAUUCUGCUGGCGGCGCCAGCGGUGCUACCGGGUUGCCGGAACAGUCGACGGCGGCCCCCUCAACGAACGGUUCACCGUUGUUGGUCGGUAAUGGCAGCAGUUGUUGCUCGUCGUCCGACGAGCGGUACGAGCACAGCCGACCCCACCUUCUGCGCCAUCCGCCGCUCCUGUCUCACCUUCCACAGCAUCACGCGAGUCAACAUCACAGUGAUAACAUCAGCAACGGCACCUCUUCCGAUGCUGCCUACGAGAGCAGUGAAGAAAGCCAUCCGCACCAUGCGUCCGCCGCAGACAUGGAAGAACGGCGCCGCCAGGAGAGUGUGUACGCGCUGCUCAACCUAGCCCAGAUGACCUACUCUUCGUCGCCGUCCUCGUCGAUGUCGUCCUCAACGUCCACGCUCUCCUCGCCCGCCUCGUCCACUGGUUCGCUGAAGCGUUCCGCGCCGAACGAUUCGUACACCUCUGGAACCGGGGUCCAUAAUAGCUACCACCACCAUCAACGGUCGCAGCUUGUAGCCUCACCGGACGACCGGAUGCGAAUAGGUAACGCUGCUUCACCACUUCAUCCCCAUCAUGGUCACGUCGUUGAGCUGACCGGCGCCGGAGGAGGACCAUCAGUGACUACGUACUACGGUGGUGUCCAGCAUCUUCACGCUGCCAAUGGCAGCAGUGCCAAUAAGGUGUCAUCGGACGAUCUCAGUCAGCGUUACACGUCGCCGCCGCCGGCAAAGAAAUCCAAAGCCCGCACCGCGCUCAAGAAGCUGAAGAAGAAAUCGUGGGCACGGUAAUGUCACCCAGUGCUGGUAAGCGUGAAGUGGUCCGGUAAACGUAAAACCCUCCACCGUCUUCUCUGUUGAUAUAGAGAGAGAGAGAGAUAGGUAGAGAGAUAGAGAGAACUAUUUUGUGAAACCAAAAACAAAACCCUGUAAACAGUGCUGCUCCAAGGCAAAUAUCAUAAUGCAAUAUGACAUGGACAACCUACACACACACACACACACACACAUACGAAUCAUCUACCUUCACGGGGAACACUUGUGACCCCUUCGCUGCACCCGCGGAGCGCAAGUAGCAGCAGCAACACACGGUGUACCUUCGUUAAAUUUAGGAAAAAAGAAAACUGGAAAAUUGUUACAAUUCUGCUCUUAGGGCUAUUACACUACUACUAUUACUACUAGCGAUACUAUUACUACUAUUACUACUGUUUCACUGCGUACAUUUUAAGCAAAUCAACCUCCAAGUUUAGAGCAACCAAAAUGAAUCGUCGACCAUUUCGCGUGUGAAUGCAACAGAAACACAAAAACCUAUUGCCUUAUGAAGCCGCAGGGGAUGAGAAAGACUAGAGGAAGACGUGAGUGACGAAGAUGAGUUGAUUUUAAAACAUAAUUUCGAGCGGAACAAGUGAUAAAUGCCAACGGUGACCAAGAGCGCCCGUGUAUCCCUGUGGCCUGGCUCCCAGUGUCGCAGGCUGCGCACACACACUCACCCACUGAAACAUUCAUCAUCGUACCAUAAUAGAGUGGCGCUCUUUCUACGGUGACAAUCCCAAAGGAUACUUUUGACCCCUCCCGAUCCCAACAUGCGGCGGGGUCACUUUUACGUUGGUCCAUGCUGAGGAAAUUUCAAUGUUAGUUGCUAGAUAUUAAUGUGUUUUUCCUUUUUUAGUUUACGUUCUCGAUAUCCCAGGUAGCUGAUAGGUAGUAAGAAAGCAAAGAGAAACAGAGAAAGAGAGAAAGAGAUAUUGAUGAAAAAGAAGAUGAGAGAGAAAAAAUCACCGGAAAGAGCAAUCAAAU